CUAAAUUCUGUUUUUAAAUGGACGUCAACUCGUUGUCUUAUGCAAUUUUUCUCUUACCUGCCACUUUUAUUAUCACUUUAAUUACUGUAUUGACGGCUUGGAUUGGUUGGCAAUUGUUUAUCAACAAUUAAUUUAAUAUUUUAGAAAUGGUGGUUUUCUGUUCUACAGGUUGUGGCAGUACUGCUGUUCUUAAGAGACCAAAGACUGAUGAUGCACUAUGCAAAAACUGUUUCUUCUGGGCAUUUGAAACUGAGGUACAUCAUACCAUAACAUCCACCAAAAUGUUUCAACCAGGCCAACUUGUUGCGAUUGGCGCCUCUGGGGGAAAAGAUUCUACGGUUCUUGCUUAUGUUCUAAAGCAUUUGAAUGAAAAGUACAACUAUGGAUUGAAACUUGUUCUACUUUCGAUUGAUGAAGGAAUCACAGGUUAUCGUGAUGAUAGUCUAGAAUCUGUUAAGAGAAAUCAAGAAGAAUACAAUAUUCCACUCACAGUCUUGUCAUAUAAAGAUCUGUAUGGUUGGACCAUGGAUGAUAUUGUGAAGCAAGUGGGGAGAAAAAACAACUGUACCUUCUGUGGAGUAUUCCGUAGACAGGCUUUAGAUAGAGGGGCUAUGCUUCUAAAGUGUGAUAUUAUUGCUACUGGGCACAACGCAGAUGAUGUUGCAGAGACCAUUCUCAUGAAUCUUUUGCGGGGUGACAUCGCUAGACUACAACGUUGUACCUUUCAUAUUACAGGUUCAGACGGUUCCUUGCCACGGGUUAAACCCUUCAAGUAUGCGUACGAAAAAGAAAUUGUUCUCUAUGCAUAUUUUAAGAAACUGGAUUAUUUUGCAACUGAAUGUGUGUACGCUCCAGACGCAUAUCGAGGGCACGCAAGAGCAUUGGUGAAAGACCUCGAAGCAUUAAGAUCGACUUCAAUUAUCGACAUUAUUCACGCAGGCGAACAAUUAGCUAUCAAAGAUGGAGUCAAACUCCCGAAGCAAGGAUUGUGCAGUUCGUGCGGUUAUGUGUCCAGCAACAUAAUAUGUAAAGCAUGCGUUCUUCUAGAAGGGUUGAAUCGUGGGAGACCGAAGCUGGCAAUUGGAAAGAGUAACAAAGCAUUGGCCGAAUUAUUAGCUGAGCGACUGAAAAAUGCGGCUAGUAUAAAAACUACAAUUCAAGACCAGUUAUAAAUUGUUGCUAGGUCCGCUAGGUCUAUCUCGACAAUACCUUAUUUUGUGUUAAUAAAUGAAUAAUCUCAAAAAUAA